CAAAGAGAACACCUUGCUAUCGUAGAGUAAGUUGGGUCUCAUCGGUGCAACCUGACGCUGACUGAUCUUACGCUAUUCACAGCUUCAUCACCAUGGAAUGAUAAAUCGCUGCCUGAAAUGUGCAGCGUGGCGAUAGCAGCUCUUGAACCCAUUUAUACUAGGCGCUUUACGCAUGUAGCUAGUAUAUCCGAAGCCAAUGAGAUUUUGCGCUACUGUAAAGAUUUCCCUGGGCGCCAGCGUCGCGGCCGCAGCCGCACGGGACGUUGGCACCGUGGUUGGCAGCCUCUUUCGGGAGCUAGAACAGCCUACUCAACACGAGAAACGCCAUCCUUUGAAAAUAUCGCACACCUUCAGGGCUAAACCCCAGUCAAACUGGGGCAUUUUUGCCUCCUUGGGGUGGACUGCUGUCUUUUCGUCGAUACGAUGUGUUCAACGACCCUGCGAUAUGACGGGGUUCGAGCACAGCUGCGAAACAGCGUAGACUCUUAAGCCAUGACACCGGCAAGAAUUACGGCUGUCAAAAGGUCAACGUGAGGCCCCUCUAUACUAUUGAAGCACGUUUUCUC